CAGCUGGUAAGUUGUUGCAUUUGGAAUAAUUUUCGCGUUGCGGCUCUAUCUAACGAAAAAAAUGAUUGCCGGUGGUAAUGGCGAUCCAAAUCCUAACUCGUCCUGGCUUGAUUCACGUGGUUUAUGGCUUGCGUACGUCCUGGGCAUUACUAUCUUUCACAUCGUGCUGCUAGCGAUACCGUUCGUGCAAAUCCCGUACGCUUGGACGAUUACAAACAUCUCUCACAAUCUGGCGCACUUGUACUUUCUCCAUUCGAUCAAAGGCGCACCAUGGAUGAGCAUCGAUGCGGGUGAAAAUCGUAAAUACACCCACUGGGAACAGAUCAACUAUGGUGAGCAGUUUACGACGACGAGAAAAUUCUUGACCGCUGCCCCAAUUAUCCUGUUCCUUCUGACGUGUCUUUACACGCGCAACGAUAACGAUCAUUUUAUCGUCAACUUCAUCUCGCUUGUAGUAGUUCUAGUGCCAAAGCUUCCCCAAUUCCAUGGGGUACGCUUGUUUGGCAUUAACAAAUACUGAAAUGGUAGGUAUCGGAAGGCAACCAAGGCUAAUCAGUACAGGAAUGUGCAUGUAUGUUGAAACCUACCCAACCAAGUCCUGGAUAUGUACACGUGUAAUCAUCUUAAAAAUGUAACGAUUGGACUUUAAAACGCUUGUUUAUUCUCAUUGUGAAUAGAACACUAUAGAGUUUGAAUGUAAGUACGAGGUUUACUCUUUAAAAUAACUGACAGGUAAAUAAUGAUGUUAACAGAAUCUUUGUUUUUAUUCGCAAGAUCAACAUUGAUCACCAAGUAGAUGUGAUGUGUA